AGUCGCAAUCUCAGCGCUCAUUUGAAUUGCUGAAAGCCGACCAUGAAUGCUGAUAACAUUAUUAAAAUCUGCCUGCCUAUAUUCAUUGGACUUACUGUACGUUCAGCAAUCAGUCUCCAUUCAUAUUCCGGGCAAGGUAAACCGCCUAUGUAUGGUGAUUAUGAAGCCCAACGUCAUUGGAUGGAAAUAACCUUCAACUUACCGCCUACUGAAUGGUAUACAAAUACAACACAAAAUGAUUUAAACUAUUGGGGCCUAGAUUAUCCUCCGCUAACUGCCUAUCAUAGUUGGUUAAUGGGUGCACUAGCCAGUCUGAUAAACAAUGAAUGGGUUCAACUGUAUAAAUCAAGAGGAUUUGAAUCGAAAGAGCAUAAGCUUUUUAUGCGAUAUACUGUAUUCAUUGCUGACCUAUUGAUUUUUAUCCCAUUUGUUAUCGUGUAUUUCUAUUCUGUGUUGCCUAGGAUUGUAAAUACUGAUGUCAAUAGACUUAAACAAAUUAGUGGAUUUUACUCGGCAUGUUUAAUGUUAACUUAUCCUGGUAUUAUCCUGAUAGAUCAUGGACAUUUUCAGUAUAAUUGUAUUAGUCUUGGUUUAUAUUUAGCUAGUGUGAAUUGUCUACUAUUACAAUGGGAUAUAUUUGCUUCUAUAUUAUUUUGUUUAGCUUUGUGUUAUAAACAAAUGGAAUUGUAUCAUUCAUUGCCAAUAUUUUUCUACCUACUUAGCGUUUGUUUACAUAAAAGCACACUGCGUGAUGGUGUAAUACACUUCAUCAAGUUAGGAUUAACUGUCCUCUUGACUAUAUCAUUAGUGUUUACACCAUUUCUGUUAACCACAAAUGAUGCAAAUAGUGUAUAUCAAGUAAUUAAACGUUUAUUUCCAUUGGAUCGUGGUAUUUAUGAGGAUAAAGUGUCAAACUUUUGGUGUGCUACAUCACCAUUAGUCAAAUGGCGGUCAUUAUUCCCUCCCGCCUCGUCCGCAUUGUCCUCACCAUCAUCGUCUCCAUCUUAUGAACUUGUAUUAAUUAGCAUUUUACUUGUAUCCAUCACAUGUCUUCCAUGCUGUUUAAUUUUAUUAAAAAAAUCAACAAAUCAACAGAAAAAAUUGUUAAUCUCUUUAGUCAUCUGUUCAUUAGGCUUUUAUUUAUUUUCAUUUCAAGUUCAUGAAAAAUCUAUUCUACUUGUUACUAUUCCAGUACUAUGCUUACUCCCUAUCUAUCCAGCAUCAUCUUUUCUAUUCUCUUUAUGCUCUGUAUUAAGUAUGUGGCCAUUAUUGAAAAAAGAUGAAUUAAAACUGGCUAGUUUAUCAUUGGUUUGUAUUUAUUGCAUUCUUGGAUGUUUUAUUGUGUUUAGAAAUAAUCAUAGUAAUAAUAAUAAAAAUAAUAGCGAUAAUACUAAUCAUGGGAAGCAUAAUACGGAUAAAACAUUGCAAAAAACCAAUAGUUCUGAUAGUAUUAUAAGUAGUAAAAUGUCUUCAGUAUUCGCUUAUUGCGUUAUUCUUCUCGGUUAUAGUAUUUUAAUCGUUGGGGAUAUGUUUAUUACACCGCCUCAAGCCUAUCCAGAUCUAUUUCCAUUAUUGUUUUCAAUGUAUUCAUUUGCAUUGUUCUUCUUAUUCCUUUUGUAUUGGCAGUGGAAAGUGAUUUUUGACUAAUGUGUGUACUGUACUACUUACUUACUACUAGCUGUUUGGUUAUUUAUUUAUUUACUUAUUUGUUUUUUUUUAAUUACUGAAAGGUAAUAAAUAAUUUCAUCAUUGUGGGA